AUGUACUUCAAGGACCAGACUUACUAUAGGGUGAGCAACAUGGACGGCCGGAUCGAGAACGCAGACCACCGACUAACGGACGACAUCACUGCGUUCACGACGUCCGUGGCGCACUUGUACUCGCACCUGACCAAGCCGCUGUUCGACUGCGCUCUGAUCGCGCUCACCUUGGCCAGGAGCAGCAAGCAGAUGGGCGCCGCCGUCGUUCCAGGACCCUUAUUGGCCAUCGUCGUCAUCAGCAUCACCGGACAGAUCCUGCGAAUGCUGUCGCCGAAAUUCGGUUCCUUAGUCGCCGUGGAGGCAGACAGGAAGGCCUACCUCCGUCACAUCCAUUCCAGGGUCAUCACGAACGCCGAAGAGAUCGCGUUCUACGGUGGCCACAAGGUGGAAAUGAUACAUUUGCAAAACGCCUAUCAGUCGUUGGCCCGACACAUGAACGCGAUAUUCUCGCAAAGACUGUGGUACGUGGUCCUAGAACAGUUCCUCAUGAAAUACGUAUGGAGCGGAACCGGAAUGGUCGUCGUGUCGUUACCGAUCAUAACUAGCUCAAGAAUAGCAGAACUCAACGAUUCUCCUGACGGAGGAGUGAGCGAGAGGACUCAAUACCUGACCACGGCGAGAAAUCUACUGGCUUCCGGGGCCGAUGCCGUCGAGAGAUUAAUGACUUCAUAUAAGGAAAUUGUCGAGCUGGCCGGUUACACGUACAGGGUAGGCGCCAUGCUCGACGUGUUCAACGACGUCAGCAAGUGUAAAUACCGCCGAAACGGUUUGGCCAACGGAAAAGUGCACAAGAUGUUACCGAAAUUGCACUACAACAAGGACGGACAACUCGUGAUCAGAGGCGUCGUAAAAAACAGUCCGGACGGCAGCAUAUCGCUGUACGACGUGCCCAUUGUGACGCCCAACAGCGACGUGGUCGUGUCCAGCCUGACGAUGACAAUGAAGCCCGGCGAACACCUGCUGAUCACCGGCCCCAACGGAUGCGGUAAAUCGUCUCUGUUCAGGGUCCUAAGUGGGCUGUGGCCCGUCUACGCCGGCACGCUAAUCAAGCCUCCAAACUGUUGCAUGUUUUACAUACCACAAAGGCCGUACAUGACAAUUGGCAGCCUUAAAGAACAAGUGAUUUACCCGGAUACGCUUUCGGACACGCUGACCAAAGGCAUUACCGAACAAGACUUGGAGGCGUGCCUGGCCCAAGUCCACCUGUCCCAUCUGGUACAGAGGGAAGGCGGCUGGGACGCGACCGCUGACUGGAAGGACGUCCUGUCCGGUGGCGAGAAACAGAGGAUGGCCUUUGCCAGAAUCUUUUACCACAAACCGUCUUUUGCCCUGCUGGACGAGUGCACCAGCGCUGUGAGCAUAGACGUCGAAAGCGACAUGUACCAGUCGGCCAAGGACUCCGGUAUCACACUGCUCACCAUCACCCACAGGCCGUCCCUAUGGAAAUUCCAUUCCCACGUAUUGCAGUUUGACGGCGAAGGCGGAUGGAAAAUUUCAACACUGGGACAAAAGGAAAAAGAUACCGGUAUAUUAGCAAUCGAACAACCGAAAGAUAAAUUAGUGAACGGAAUUUCUUAG